UAGUCCAAGUUCUCAGUCUACACACACACACACACACACAGUCGUCCCUCCCUUUCUUGAAAGAGAAAUUCAGCAGUAGACAGCAACAGCAAUCGAUUGUUUCUUUGCGAUCACGUGAAGAAAUCCUUGUUUAUUUAUGAUUACAAUCAUCAAUUGAACUCUCAGUCACACUCCAUGGAGCUCCACACCCUCUUCCUCAUCGCAAUUCUCGCCGGGAUAUUCCUCCCGGCGCCGCUCAACUCCGCCUACGUAGCUUACAACACCUCCGCCGGCGUGGUGCCCGGCAAGAUCAACGUCCACUUGGUGCCGCACUCCCACGACGACGUCGGGUGGCUCAAGACCGUCGAUCAGUACUACGCCGGCGCCAACAAUUCCAUUCGGGGAGCUUGUGUUCAGAACGUAUUGGAUUCUGUCAUCUCUGCGUUGUUGGAUGACACCAAUCGGAGGUUCAUCUAUGUCGAGAUGGCUUUCUUCGAGAGGUGGUGGAGGCAGCAGAGUGAUGCUCUCAAGGCCAAAGUCAAACGCCUCGUUGAUUCCGGUCAACUUGAAUUUAUAAAUGGAGGAAUGUGUAUGCAUGAUGAGGCAACCCCUCACUACGUUGACUUGAUUGAUCAGACAACUCUGGGGCACCGCUUCAUUCUUGAUGAAUUUGGCCAGAAACCAAGAGUUGGCUGGCAGAUAGAUCCUUUUGGCCAUUCUGCUGUUCAGGGCUAUUUGCUUGCUGCAGAGCUGGGCUUUGACUCCCUGUUUUUUGCUCGAAUUGAUUACCAAGAUAGAGCCAAAAGGAUAAGCACCAAAACUCUUGAGGUUAUAUGGAAGGCCUCAAGGUCCCUUGGUUCAACUUCUCAGAUAUUCACUGGGAUAUUCCCUGUACAUUAUGAGCCUCCGGAUGGGUUUAAUUUUGAAAUAAAUGAUGUCUCUGAUCCCAUUCAGGACGAUCCUCUUCUUUUUGAUUAUAAUGUGCAGCAGCGAGUGAAUGAUUUUGUGGCAGCUGCAUUAGCCCAGGCAAAUGUGACCAGGACAAAUCACAUAAUGUGGACUAUGGGUACUGAUUUCCGUUACCAAUAUGCAGUUUCUUGGUUCAGACAGAUGGAUAAGUUCAUUCAUUAUGUCAACCUGGAUGGGCGUGUCAAUGCUCUAUAUUCUACACCAUCCAUCUACACUGAUGCAGUAUUCGCUGCAAACAAGAAAUGGCCUCUUAAAACUGGAGACUUUUUCCCGUAUGCUGAUAGGGAGAAUGCAUACUGGACAGGCUACUUUACCAGUAGGCCAGGCUUCAAAGGAUACGUGAGAUCUCUAAGUGGUUACUAUUUGGCAGCAAGGCAGUUGGAAUUCUUCCAAGGCAGAUAUAGCACUGGACCAAACACAGAUGCAUUGGCUGAUGCUUUGGCUUUAGCUCAGCAUCAUGAUGCAGUUAGUGGGACGCAAAGGCAGCAUGUAGCUGCUGAUUAUGCUUUGCGGCUUUCAAUUGGCCAUAAAGAGGCGGAGAAAGUGGUUGCAUCAUCAUUGGCUGCACUAACUAGCUCAAGAUUGAAUUCAGACCCUAAAUUUCAACAGUGUCCUCUGCUCAACAUAAGUUAUUGCCCUCCAUCAGAAGCUAAUUUCACCAAUGGGAAAAGCUUGGUUGUAGUAGCAUACAAUUCUCUAGGAUGGAAAAGAGAGGACGUCAUCCGCAUUCCUGUUUCUUCUGAAAAUUUAGUUGUUCGAGAUUCUGCUGGAAAAAAGAUUGAAUCUCAGCUGCUUCCUAUUUCCAACAUCUCUUUGCUGACAACAGAAUAUCUUGUCAAGGCAUAUUUGGGGAUAUCAGCCCGUGGCUCAGCUAGAUAUUGGCUUGCCUUUUCAGCGUCUGUGCCACCUCUUGGUUUCAGCACCUAUGUUGUCUCUAGUGCAAAAUCAACUGAAUCCAGAUCCUUCGUCUCAACGGUCUAUACUUCAGAAGAAGGUAGUGUUGAAAAUCUUGAAGUUGGUCAAGGAAAUUUGAAGCUACUCUACUCAGCAAAUGAAGGAAGACUCACACAUUAUGCUAACAAAAGAAAUUUGGUGACUACACUUCCUGAGCUUUCAUAUAGUUACUACAGAGGUUAUAAUGGUACUGACAGAGUUUUCCAGGCUUCUGGCGCUUAUGUUUUCCGUCCAAAUGGUACAUUCCCCAUUGAACCUAAAGCCCAGGUUCCUUUGGCUGUUAUUCGUGGCCCAUUACUGGAUGAAGUGCAUCAGCAGCUUAAUACAUGGUUAUAUCAGGUUACCAGGGUCUACAAAGAUAAGGAACAUGCUGAAGUUGAGUUUACUAUUGGGCCUAUACCUGUGGAUGACGGGUAUGGAAAGGAAAUAGUAACUAAAAUCAGCACAGCCUUGAGUAGCAACAAGACUUUUUAUACAGAUUCCAACGGGCGCGACUUCAUUAAAAGGAUUCGAGAUUAUAGAGCUGAUUGGGACCUGGAUGUACACCAGCCAGUCGCUGGCAAUUAUUAUCCUAUAAAUCUUGGAAUCUAUCUGGCGGAUGAAACUAGGGAACUUUCUGUAUUAGUGGACCGUGCAGUUGGUGGAUCAAGCUUGGUGGAUGGUCAAAUAGAAUUGAUGCUUCAUAGACGGCUGAUCAAUGAUGACACUCGAGGUGUUGGUGAGGCACUAAAUGAGAAAGUUUGUGUUCUUGACGAUUGCAAGGGUUUAACGGUUCGAGGGAAGUUCUAUUUCAGAAUUGAUCCGCUUGGAGAAGGAGCAAAGUGGCGCCGCACAUUGGGACAAGAGAUAUAUUCCCCACUACUUUUAGCAUUUUCUGGAGAGGAGGAGGGUUAUAAUUGGAAGAGUUCCCGUAUAACCACAUUCUCGGCUAUGGAUCAAUCAUAUAGUUUGCCAAACAAUAUCGCAAUCAUAACUCUGCAGGAGCUUCAAAGUGGAAAAGUCCUCCUUCGACUGGCUCACUUAUACGAGGCUGGAGAGGAUAAAGAUUACUCAGUGGUUAGUGGUGUGGAACUGAAGAAGCUCUUUUCUGGGAAGAAGAUCAAGAAGGUGACAGAAAUGACAUUGUCGGGCAACCAAGAGAGGAAGAAGAGCAGACUCGAGUGGAAGGUGGAAGACAAAGACGAAGACGAAGAAAAAGUGGUGAGAGGUGGGGGUGUGGAUCCUGUCAAGCUUGUGGUGGAACUUGCUCCCAUGGAGAUUCGGACAUUCAUCAUCGACUUCGAUUACCAAAAAAAGGUGUAUCUUCUGUAAAAUAAAACAUUUGUAAGCACGUGAAAUGAGCAAGACCAUAUCGUUCAUUCCA